GUCGUGUCAAAGGUCAUGCCUGCAAAUGUCACGGCGAGGCUUUCCCAUCAUGACGUAAUGCAGGCGUCUACCGGGGUGCAUCCUGUCGGCACCGCGCCUGCCCAAGACUUUGUGUAUCCAUACACGUGUUGCCAAACACCGGCACCGCGCGCAGACCAGCGGGACGCCAUGUUUACCCAGUUACCCUCCGCUCGUGUCAAGAGCCGCUCCUGGGGCCGGCGAGCCGUGGCACUGGGCAAGAAAUGUGGGCGAUGAGGUUCAUGAAAGACAUUUCAUGCUCUUGUAGAAAUGUGGCGGGCCCCUAAGGUACCACGCAGGCUGCAGGCAGCGAGUCGCCGGGUACAUGGUCAAAGAGGCAGAGAGGCAGGAACUCGCUUGAAGUCGCGUUUAUCGCCCUUCGUCCAUUGACGUUUAGGCUUGCAUUUCUUGUAAAUAAAGCUUCACAUUUGAGAUGUCACAUGGUCACUGCCAUUCUUGUGGUGAAGGAAACCACAGUCACAGUCACGAUGAUCCAGAACUUGGUGUUCAGUACAUGCUGUACCAGAAGAUUGACCUCCAGAGAGUUCAGUGCUACAAUGAAGCAGUAGAAGGAUCUGGCCAAACAGUCUUCAAACCCUGGGAUGAGAGAAAGGACAGAAGCAAGUAUGUUGAAAGUGAUACUGAUGAAGAACUUCUGUUCAACAUUCCGUUCACAGGAAGUGUCAAGCUUAAGGGCAUCAUUAUCAUUGGAGGUGAAGACAACUCACACCCUUCCAAAGUGCGAAUGUUCAAGAACAGACCUACCAUGACCUUUGAUGACACUGCCUUAGAGGCUGAACAAGAGUUUAACCUUCACCCUGAUCCUGAUGGUGUUUUAGAAUACAGUGUGAAAGUAGCAAGGUUCAACAAUGUGAACAGUUUAUCAUUACAUUUCCCAGCCAACUUUGGGGAUGAUAUCACAAAGAUUUACUACAUCGGCCUAAAAGGUGAUUUCACACAGGUAAACAGACAAGAAGUCGUUAUCUGCAAUUAUGAGGCUAAACCCAACCCUGCGGAUCACAAGAGUUCCUCUGUAGAUUCUGUGCAUCAUUUCAUUUCAUGACAUGAUAAGUUGACAUCCCAGCAUCUGAAGUCAGGCGUGUCUCAUUAGCGUAAGACUCCUUCAUAUCUGCGUCCAAGUUUGCUGUAAUUACAGGCAGUUAGCAAAGUGUCACAUUACUUUUCUCUACACCUGCAUUCAGAAGUUUUAGGGUUUUUUAAAACUAGUUUAUGCCUUUUAAGUUCUUCUGAAAGGUUACAUGAUGCCAAGAUUUUUCUAUGUUGUGUGUAUUUCAUAGCAUGAAAAAAGCAUGUUAAUAAAUAAUUCUCUGAACACAAAACUAGCUGAAAGAUGGUGUUUUGUGAAUGUUAAGUUCCUUAUUGGCCAAGAGGAUUUGAUCAGCCAAAGAAAAAGCUCUUGUGGCAUGACAGUAUGUCAACUUAAGUUCUUGAUUAACAGUUACAAAUAUUUGAGUGAAAAAACUGAAAUGCAUAUCGAUAUUAAGUUGUGCAACAGCUGACGAUAAAUAUUGUGUUGAUCUGAUCUCUAAAUUGUAUGCAUGCAUGCAUUUCAUGUCCUCUCUGAUUCAGUAAGAAAUUAUCAUGAGAAACUAAAGAUUGUCAGUUGACGUUUUUA